AUGACACCCGCUCCUACCGGCCGCCGCAGCCCUGUCAUCGUAGGUGAUACUAUGUCGGGCGGCGACUACAACAAUUUUUCUUCCGACGGGGAUUUGGCUGAUUUUAUCGACAUCGACUUCAACUCUAAUAGCCCAGACACCCUUCAAACAAUGGAGUCGCUUGGCGGCUCGGAGACCAAAGGAUUUCUUGCGCCCUCCGACUUGACAUCAACAGCUUUUCCCGACUCUCCAAACGGCUCCUCGUAUCAAGAUUCAUCAUCAGAGUCGGCUUCUUCCAAACGCACCACUAGUCGGACAUCAUCCAAGGCGGCCAUGAACCCGGCCGACAUAAUGGCGGAUGAGGACGAUGUCAACAUGGAAUGGAACCAGCCUGGUUAUUCCACGUAUGAUGAUGAACCAGCCUACGCAUACAAUGAAACAGCUCUGGAAAGCUUAUACAAUAUUAACGAUCAUAGCGAUGCUCUAUUCGACCCCCCUUAUGCUUUCGACACUGCAUCUAGCAGCCCCAACGGCGAAAACUCAGUCACAUCACCUCCGAUGCCCACGAUCAAUCCACAUAGUUUCGUCUCGCCCAUGUCUAAUACCAUGAUCAUGAGCCAAGAUCACUCCCCGGCAGCCAUCUUCAAUUCGCCCUCACCUCACAACUCUAUGGAUUUCUCGAGGGUUAUGGCUGGAGCAGCACCGGGAUGGCCAAGCAGAAACGACGUGGUGACACAUCCUGCACCCGAUGGCUUGCCCAUGCAGUUUGUCGGUCAAAUGAGCCAGCCUAUGCCCAUGCCCCAUCAUUUACCCAUGCCCGCGCCAUACAAUUUUACUGGGCAAUACAGUUUGAAGAUUCUUCCUACGCCGCUCAAGUCGCGGGUCGAGACUCAAAUUCCGAUACAUAUGGUUCUAUCUCCAAUGCCCCCCGGGGUUACAAAGCUGCACCUGCCACCUCACACAAUCUCGAAGCCCAAGUUAUUGGCAAAGCCAGCACCUAAAAAGUCUCCAGAGAUGCUCGAAUUAUUUGUGUCCUUGGUAUGCACGAGUGCCAUGACACCUGGUAGGAAAGAGGCCGCACUCAAGCGUGCUGCUUCUCACCCUCAACGUUAUCUGCCCGACAACGAUGACGAGAAUACUCCUCAAAAGGGUGGCGACGUACGUAUCUGUCAAGGUUGCAUAACUCGAGAGCGCAAGCGUGCCGCCAGGAAAAAGGUCAAGAAGCCUGAAGAAGAGGAGGUCUGGCAACAGGAUGAGAACCAUCGGGUAAUUGUCUUCAAUACGCAGGAAGUGAAAGACUGGCAACCUGUCCAACCUAUGAACAGCAUGGAGGCAUCUGCGCCUCCUGGUAUUAUGCAAGUGGAUGCUCCAAUGCGCAUUGCUUGCUACUGUCGGCACCAUGGCGAAAAGGUCGGGUUCAAUGUUAUCUUUACUAUCAAAGAUUGCGAGGACCGAGUUAUUGCUCAAGCAAUGUCAGACGCUAUCAUGAUUACUGAUGACCAUAAAACUCACCCACCCGCACAGCCGCCUGUCGCUCAACAACAGAUGAGCAUACCCGAAGCGCCUGUACCUGGACCCGUCUCUCAAGUCCCGGUUGAUGCCAGUGCUCUUCUACCACCCACUCCCAACGGGACAUUCAGCAUGUCACCGACCAACGGGGACCCCUCCAACAUGCACAGGAAUAGCCAGGCCUCAUAUCAAUCGUCUAUGUCAUCCAACACGGCAAUGAAUGGCGCCAAUGGUCGUGCCCUUUCACGUCCUGCUUCACCCAUUCGUGGUGGCCCGACGAAGAAGAGAAAGUCGAGCGCGUCUAGAGUUCCCAACGCACUGACCAUGACCCGCAUGGAGACUACGCCCUCACCAGGCUCUCAGGCAGCCCAGCUACCCACUGCUGCUACGUCUCCUUUUACUCCUAACCUCGCUGCCUUCUCUCAGGCAGAGCCAUUGUUCGGACAACAAUCAAUGGUCUUUUCCACUGGGCCUCCUACACCCAGCAAUAAUGAGCAACCGGGAUUCUUCAAUAGUAACCGCUCCGCCAGCAUGGACAACUUGGCAUUGGCUCAACCACUUUACUCGGCACCUGCUUCAGGCCACCCGAGUCGAGCUCCUAGCCCGAACGGACUUCGAAAUGGUGUGGGUGCUAAUCCUCAGAACCAAUUUGCCCAAGAUCUAAACACCAACUUGUUCACUAUUCCUGUCGGCGUGAACAAUCAGACGCGCGCACGUCCUGUUAUCCAUAAGAUCAUUCCCAAAGAGGGUCCGAAGACUGGUGGUGUCGAAGUUACCGUUCUUGGUGCUGCUUUCGUUCAGGGACUCGAGGUCUGGUUCGGCAAUCAGAAGGCCACAACUACAACAUUCUGGGGUGAAUCUUCGUUGGUUUGCUUGUUGCCUCCUUCACCUGUGGCGGGGCCUGUUCCUGUCACUUUCAAGCAUGCGAACGCCCAGGCCUCGCAAACCUUGCCUAUGAACAAGCAGACCCCCUACUUCAAAUAUGUCGACGACAACGAGGAAGCUCUUGUUAGGCUGGCCUUUUCUGUACUUGGAAAUAAGAUUUCUGGUAAUAUGAUGGAUGCUGCGGAUCUGGCUCGCAGGAUCCUGGGCGACACCUCAUCAGCUUGGUCUGCUGGUUCUUCCAUGGGCAAUUCUUCGGGCGGACAGAUGUUUAGCCAUGCUCCCUAUGCUCAUCUCGAAUCACAGCUUCUCAAGUGCUUGGAUCUUAUUGAUCUAGAUGACAGCCAGCACAAAGCUCGUCUGGAUCUCCAAGGAUCGACCGGCCACACCAUGCUUCAUCAUGCUUGCUCACUGGGUUACCACCGUUUUGUCGCCGCUUUGCUGGCCAGAAGUGCCAGCCCUGAUACUCAGGAUAAGGGUGGCUUCACUCCUCUGCACAUCGCCGCGAUUCACAACCAUGCCGAGAUUGUGCGGAGAUUGAUGCUACACGGAGCUGACCCAACGAUUAGAAGCGUAUCUGGUCUUACUGCUGCCGAUAUAGCCCAGUCGCGUGGUGUCUUACGCACUAUCCGCCGUUCUGAACGUCACAUUCGCUCUCGCAGCAGUGGUGGAUCGCUGCAUAGCCGAGCUAGCAGUGCCACAUCUCUUCGAUCAUUCUGGGAGCCUAUGACCAAGGUUCACACUUAUGACGAACCUAUCUCACCAGACUCAAGCGAAGAAAGCCCCGAGUACACGUCUGGCGAUUUUGAGGAUGAGGACCCCGAUGAGAAUGAUCAUUUGAUCAUGAGAAGACCUAGCGGCUUUAGGCAAGACCGCGAACGGCCCAACCUUCGCCGUCGAAAGACUGGCGAGUUGGAUGAGGAACUGGCUCCUCCUGCAACAGCCAUGGCUGCUGCAUCGGCUGCAUUGAAGGAUCAUUUCCAACAACAAAUCCACCAGUUCCAGCAGUCCAUUGCCGUGCAGUUCCAGAACCUACCGCACUUCCCUCAGAUGCCCGCAUUGCCUAAUAUGCCCGACUACCAAGCACCGUUUAUGCGACGGGUCCAGCAGUUCAUGCCAGGAAUGGCAGCGCCUCGACCUGAAGGCGAGCAGCCUCAGCGUUGGUGGGACUCAGCAAUCAAGGCAACUGCGUCAGCGCCUCCAGCCUAUGACGAGAUUUACCCUCGCGAGGAUCUUGACCGAAAGCAAGCGUCUGCCGCUCGAGCGGCUGUGGAGGCCGAGGCUGACCAGAAAUGCGCGGCUCUGUUCGACCAGCCUACAACCACAGAAAUCGGACCUGCACCAAUUGAGGUUACUGAAGUUACUGAGGUUUCCGAGGUCACUGAGAUUUCUGAGUUCAAGACAGGAGAACCGGAAGUUCUCAAGAUUGGCCGCAAGAACGCCAUCACCAAGGAGCAGCAGGAGCAAUUCCGCCGAGCACAUGAAGUAAAGAUGAAGAGAAUUAGCAGUGACCACAAUCUGUUCUUCAUCUGGAUUCCUCUACUACUCGUCAUGAUUUGCGCAAUGCUGUACAGCUAUUUCCCUUGGCUUUUCACAUUCGCCUGGGCAUUUGCUCGAUCACUAUACCACAGCGGACUUAGCAAGACUCAGCAGCUCAUUCAACACAAUCUUCCGGACCAUGUUGAAAGAGUCGUCGAAGUCUGA